AUGAGCGAAACUGGACAUUUGGCCCGCCAGGAGGGCCUGCCACUACCUGAAAAUUUGUCAAAAACGCGCUGUGGCGAAAUUUCGCAGAUACCUGCCCUAUCCGAAGAUAUAGGCAGACUUUGUUUAAAUGAGGAGUGCAGCGACGUAACCUUGCUUAUAGAUGGGGAGCGUAUCCCUGCUCAUAAGGUUAUUUUAGCAGCGCGAAGCAGCUAUUUUAAAGCCUUAUUUUACGGAGGGCUCCGCACCGAUAAAGAAGAGGUUGAAUUGAAGGAGACCGCUGUCACUCCGUUCAAAUAUUUGCUCAGAUUUAUUUAUUCAUCGACCCUGUCUUUGGUGGGUUUGGGUGAGGACUUGGUGAUUGAGAUAUUGGCUCAUGCUCGUCUCUUUCAAUUUACAUCAUUAGUUGAAAGCCUGGCUGAGUACCUUAAGCUCGUGCUGGAUGACAGUAACCUCUGUACCAUUUUCAACAUCUCACAACUGUACAGCAUCCCCUCCCUCAGCGAUUUUUGUUUGGAGUAUGCGGACCGGAAUGCGGGAAUGGUGCUGAGCAGUGAAGGAUUUCUCCAAUUAAGCCGAGAAUGCGUACAGCAGCUAAUCUCGCGCGAUUCCUUCUGUGCGCGAGAGAUCGAUAUUUUUCGCGCCAUUGAUUCCUGGUGUCGGGCCAAUCCUGAGGAUCUUGGGCGAGAGCUUUUGAAAUAUGUGCGUCUUUCAUUGAUUUCGAUGGACGAUUUGCUGAGCGUACUACGCCCCAGCAGUUUGGUUUCCGACUCUGAUAUUCUUGAUGCAAUCCAAAAACAACGCACAAAGCAUUCUUGUCGUCUCAUGCAUCGCGGAAUGAUUGCACCGAAUGAAAACAUUGCGACGACUUCACGUGGAGCAGCCGUUAUUGUCGGGGAGCAUAAGCAUGCUCUCCUCAGCACCGAUGUUUUUCAUAAUGAGGGCGAGCGUCAAUAUACCCAACAUAAAAUACAAACGAAACAGCCGGAAAAGGAGCCAGGGAUUAUCUUAGAGCUGGGGAACCCAUACAUGAUCAAUCACAUUGCUUUCGGGCUGUUUGAAAAAGACUUGAGGCAGUACUCAUAUUGUGUUGAGGUUUCUAUGGAUAACACUGAAUAUCUACGAGUCGUCGACUACCGUGCGUAUCUUUGCCGUGGCCGUCAGCGGCUCUACUUCGAUAAAAGGCCUGCAAAGUUUAUUCGGAUAUACGGGGUCUCCUGUACAAAUGCUGCCGACUUCAUCUUGACCUCUUUUGAGGCGAUGCUUACGACGGAGCCAGAAGCAUUCGACCCGGAGACUGCUUUGUUGAUACCCAAGAAUAAUGUUGCGACAACUAUUAACGGGGCGCUGGUCAGCGACGGUGUAUCGCGGAAUCGAAAUGCUUUGAUUAAUGGAGAUACACAAGGAUAUGAUUGGGAUAAUGGUUACACCUGUCAUCAAAUCGGCUCUGGUCAUAUUUCUGUUCAACUACCGCAGCCGGUGUUGAUCUCCACGAUGAGGCUUCUGCUGUGGGAUCUGGAUGCCCGAUCCUACUCAUAUCGUAUUGAUGUUUCUGCAAACAAUCGUGAAUGGCGGACCGUUGUCGAUAAAACGCAUGAGGCUUGCAGCUCCUGGCAACACUUAAAGUUUGAUUUAACGCCUGUCGUCUGCAUUCGAAUUGUUGGGACGCAUAACACUGUAAAUGAGAUCUUCCAUUGCGUCCAUUUUGAAUGCCCAGCCUUAAACCCACCCGCCGAAAGUGAACCUGCCGAAGUAUUAAUGGAAGCU